AUUUUUGCCAGUUUGUUGUCAGAUUCUCGAUUGUGAAGGUUGUGAUCUUUGUGCAAGGUGUGGCGUGCAACUUGAUCGUUAGUAUAGGCCUUUAAUCAGUUUUCAAAUUUAAAGAAUCAAAUCUGCAGCGAUGAAAACCGGGUUCAGUUUACAACCGGAGGACGCAUCUCUUUUGAGAGUUCCUGCCCCACGGUUUUUUGGGCCAUGCCAACAGCGAUCAACACAUCGCAACAUUCUUACCCUAUGGAAGUGUGGGAUCAAAUUCCAGACAAAGACAUCAUUUUAAAGCUGUCCGUUUUGAUACCGAUUGUACUGUUUGGCAUAUUGGGUAACGUUUCCCUCUUGGAAAUUAUUUUCUCCAAUCGAUCAUUGCGCACACCAACGCAUAUGUUAAUAGCAAAUCUCGCCCUCAUUGAUUUGGUGACGUUGUUGAUUUGUCCACCAAUGUUCAUAUUGCACGACAUUCAUCAGAGUUACGUACUAGGACCAAUUGGAUGUAAGCUGGAAGGAUUUGUUGAAGGUGGACUUCUUAUCACUUCUAUUUUGGCUCUCUGUGUCGUAAGUUACGAUCGUUUGGCAGCAAUUGUUCUAUCCAGAAAAGCGAGAUUCAAAAUGAGUAGCGUUAUUGUAGCAUCGAUUGGGUGCUGGAUUUUAGGGUUUGUUGCUGCUUUGCCCUUAGCAAUUUAUCGAAACUUCAAAGAAAGAGACUGGAGCAAUUUUCACGAAACAUUUUGCUCGGAAGAUAAACAUGUGAUGCCACUAUACUGGGACUAUAUAAUUAUCUUGUUGGUUUGGCUUCCGUUGAGUGUCAUGAUGGUUACUUACAGUACGAUCUUGUGUAAACUAGAUCGGUAUGAAAGAAAAGCAAUGAACAGGGAGCAUCCAAUGGUUGUAAGGUACAAAAGUCGUGUGGCCAAAACAUUAUUUAUUGUACUUAUUACCUUCAUAAUUGUAAGGAUUCCUUUCACCGUUAUGAUCCUGAUCUACUACAAGGAUGUCGACGAUAAUAAUAGUUUUGCGAUAAGUGAAAGCUUCAUUAUGCUUUGGUGGUUUGCCAAAGUUGCUUUCAUAUUCUUGUAUUCUGCAAUGAAUCCGAUCAUUUAUGGAUUGACCAAUAGAACAUUUCGGAGAGCAUUCAGGGAUUCGAGAAUCCUUGGGACACUUUUACGCUUCAGCGACGAUGAGCAAGUUGAUGAAAAACCAAAAAAGCCAAGGAUCAUAUCAUUUUCGAAGAAAACGCAUACUGAAGGAAUGAUUUCAAAAAGAGGAAUCAAAAGACGAUCGGCUACUAACUGGCUAAAUUCCACAAUAAGAUGGAAGGAUAGGCGUUACAAUAAUAGAAAAGUGGAAAACAAUAACCCGGAAGCUAAUGGAACACAAUCAUCGGAAACAGGAGCGAGGAAUGCGUCUCAGGAACAGAAAGCCUCAGUCAAUGAGCCAAUAAUCGCUAAGCUGACGUAAGCGCCAACAUUAUAGAAAAUAAGUCAUUUUUGUUGCUAUGUAUUUUAUUUACACUAAGUUGCUCUUAUUGGACGUGAAAAGAACAGUUUGUUUGUUUUUUUUCUCAAACAUAUGUGAGUUAUUAAAGAAAUUUGAAUGACAUAAACAAAUUUAUAUGGUAUGGUGUGGAAACCACGAUACAGUGAGUAAUAGAGUGAUUAAAAAAUAGUUUUUGCUUCAUACCACACCGCUCAUUCGAUUCUUCCCAAAAUUUGGGCUCAUUCGGAUGAAAAUUGAGACUUCACAAGCCC